GUGGACAUCAAGUUGAUCUUUCAGCUCCAGUCGUAACCCCCCACGUCAUCAGCUACGCAUGAUGAACCACGGAGAAUCGAUGUGGAAUAUGCAUCGCUCGUAAAACAACAACCCUGAUCAUGCACGGUGUCACACCCAAAUAUUAAUAGCAUCUUCCCCUCUAAUCGGUCUUGACCUUAGACUAAUAAAAACAAUCAUUACAAUCAUGGCGGAUGCUAGAAGGAUCUCCGAGGCAAAAGAACAUAUUGCGGCAGCCGAAAAGAGCUUGAAGACAUCCUUCUUCAAAUGGAAACCAGAUUUUGGCAGUGCAGCCCAUGAAUAUGAGCAAGCUGCUGUAUGUUUCAAGAAUGCUAAGCAGCCCCUGGAAGCUAAAAGGGCUUAUAUCAAUGCUGCGGGGGCUCACAGAAACAAUGACGCUUUGUUUCAUGCAGCAAAGCAAUAUGAACAAGCAGCUUUCCUCAUGAGGGAUCAGAAAGACUGGGGUGAAGUGAUGGGAUUAUUUGAUAAAGCAGCAAGUCUAUACUCAGAGCAUGGAACCCCAGAUACAGCUGCUAUCUGCCUGGAAAAGGCUGCUAAAAUGAUGGAAACAGUCAACCCAAGGAUGUCAUUGGAAUUCUUUCAAAAGGCUUGUGAUGUUGUAGAGUUGGAAGACAGACCGCGUCAGAUCGUAGACUACUUGGGGAAAUCAGCACGCAUUCUUGUUAGGAUUCAGGAUUACGAUGAAGCAUCGAAGGUACUCUCCAAAGAGAGAGAUCUCAGGCAUGAUCUAGGAGACAUUGAUGCUACGAAUAGGACGGUGUCAGCGCUGGUCCUGGUCCAUCUAAAGAGAGGAGAUUAUGUAGCAGCCGAUAAAAUGUGUGGCAUAGCAAUGGGUAGUGGUUAUGCUGAGAGUGAUGUUGCAUCAGCACUGGCGUGUCUCUUAGAUGCCUAUGAUAAACAGGAUGAAGAUACUUUUCACCAGAUGUUAAACCUUCCACUCUUCAGAUACAUGGAUAAUGAUUAUGUCAAAUUGGCAAGGAGUUUACGGUUACCGGGAGGAAGCAGACCGAAGCAGAAAGCAGUAGCACCGAUGGGUGAGAUGGGGCCAGUAGGAGGAGCAGAAGGAGGUGAAGAGCUGGUCGAUGAGGACAAUGACGAGGAAUUUGAUUUGAAAUAAGCUGUAUGGUGGAUGAUGUAUCUUGAAGCCUAGUAUUAAAGACCAAGCUAUCUCCAGGACUGAAUCUCCUGUCUGUGGUGUGUCGUGUAGAUUCCUAGCCUAGACUAGUUGAUUGGAGUUUGGAUUAGAGUAGAUGUUUGAAGUGGACUCGAUGAGAUCUUACAUCAUAGUAAGAUCACACAUAGCUGCAUUACUAUCCUGGCUGUGUAUUAAAAACUGUUUAGACAUCCUCUGUUGAUUCCCAACAUUUCAAACAUCACUGUACAAAACUCAACUGAGUUCACUCAAAAUCGAUAUUUUAGUGACAAUUGAUGACACCUAAAUAGCAGUUAAGUACAAUCUAAUCGUGAGUCUACUGUCAAACUUGCCAAGCAGCCACUUUGUAUGCAAUGCGUGCAUUAGUGUGCAAUUGUGUGCGAUGUGUGCAUUGUGUGCAAUUGCUGCCUCUCAGCACGUAGUACAGCGCUAGAGGUCAAUAUGCAUUUGCAUUGACUGUAUGCUUUGCUGGAGUGAGUAAGAUCACAUCACAAGGAGAUCAGAAUCAAGUAUCUUCAAGUAUUUUGUGAGUGAGCUAUGCAAAUAACCAUCAAGCAUCUAGUUGGAAAGAGGCAAACUUUAUAUCUGCUGGAAAACUUCCAGUUUUGAUUUUAAACUGAAUAUGGAGUCGAUAUGCUGAGCACAAAUUCAUCUUUGACAAGUAUUACUCUGUUUUUCAGAUUUGUGUGAGUGUAUUUUGUCACAAAGGCAUGGUAUAGACCUCAAGUAGUUUAUAUAGAAUUCAUUUUUAAGUGUGAUGCUCAAGAAAAAAGCGUUCAACUCUUGGGAUUAAUGAGGAACCUUCAUGUAGUGCCAAGAACAACAUUAGAAUGAGAAAAAGCAGUAGGAGUAUCAGUCUUGUGCAGGAGAUUAAAAAUAUAUAUUUAAUUUUUUGAAUAUUGAAUUGCACAUUUAUACUAUCACCAGUAUUCUAGGAGAUAUUACCAGCUGCCAUCAAAAGGAUGUCCAAUGUGCAUAUCUAUGUACUACCGUAUAUGGUCAAAAGCCAGAAUGUUCUGAAACAAAUGUUGAAUGUGUAUUUAUGCCAUAUGUCGUAGACAGUACUUGGAUUGCUGUGAAGUGUUUGAAGAACACAUUUUUAAAGCUGUCUUUGGUGCAAUAACUUAUGUACCCCCAAAUGACGGGGACAUCAAUUGAAAUUUAAAAAGUUGUUAUAAAUAUAUGCUUUGUUUUAAAUGAUAUAAGAAUUAUAUGUAUGUACAUAUUAAAACUUAUUGAAAAGUUUGCUCCUUUGCUGUCAGCUCAAAAUGUAGUUCAUAAUUUGUGUAUGAUAGAAUAUUUGAUUUAAUGGCCUCUAUCAUACGCCCCUUUCUCUUGUUCUUGUGAAUUUAUAAUGACUUAUCCCAUUAUUGGAUGGGAUAAAUCAUACAUGAACCGUAUUCCAGAAAAUUUUCCAACCGUCCUAAGAUUUAUUUCAUUUAAUUUUACAUGAUUUGUGUAAUCCUUUUUGCGAUAUAUAUUUUAAUAACAAACAUAAAAAAGAACAUUUUAAAAAUGGAAAUUCCGAUUAUCAACUUACCUGAUAAUUAUAAUAA